AUGCCGUUGGUCGUGUUUUGCGGGUUGCCGUACAGCGGCAAAAGCCGGCGCGCGGAGGAGCUUCGUGGCGCUCUCGUGGCCGAGGGCCGGACAGUGUACCUCGUGGACGACGCGGCAGUGCUGGGAGCGGAGGACGCGAUGGUGUAUGGCGACUCGACCCGUGAGAAGGCGUUGCGCGGGGCGCUGCGAGCCGCGGUGGAGCGGCGCCUAAGUCGCCAAGAUGUGGUCAUCCUCGAUUCGCUUAACUACAUUAAGGGAUUCCGGUACGAGCUCUACUGCCUGGCACGGGCAGCGCGCACCCCUCUCUGCCUGGUUUACUGUGUGCGACCCUGCUGGCCAAAAGGAGGACCUCCGGAGCCGGGCGAGGGGGAGUCUGAAAGCCGGAACCUGAACGUGAGCUGGAGGCCUCGCAGAGAAGAUGGGCGGAGAGCUCAGGUGAGGGGUGCUGGUGUUGGAGAACCACAAGCGGCCGGCUCUGAAAUAAAUGGGAGAUCCCAGGCUGAGGCGCCUAAAGAACAGGAGUCAGAGGGCCGAACCAGGACACUACCAGAGUCUCCAACCCUUUUGGCUACAGAAUGCGAGAAAUCCGCAGAGCAUGUUCCCAGAACUUUUUAUCCUACUGAACUUCUGGAGGCCUUAAGUCUGCGAUUCGAGGCUCCCGACUCUCGGAACCGCUGGGACCGCCCCCUGUUCACCCUGGUGGGCUUUGAGGAGCCGUUGCCUUUGGCGGAGAUCCGGGCUGCGUUGUUUGAGAACCGAGCUCCUCCACCCCAUCAAGCCACACAGUCUCAGCCCCUUGCCUCCGGCAGCUUUCUGCAUCAGUUAGACCAGAUCACUAACCAGGUGUUGGUAGGGCUGCUGGAUGCCCAAAAGAACGCUGUCCCAGGGGAUUUGCUAACGCUUCCUGGCACCACAGAGAGCCUGCGCUUUACCCGUCCCCUUACCAUGGCAGAACUGACCCGCCUCAGACGCCAGUUUAUUUCCUACACCAAAAUGCACCCUAACAACGAGAACCUCCCUCAGCUAGCCAAUAUGUUCCUGCAGUAUCUAAGCCAGAGCUUGAACUAA